AUGAGAUCCGAAAAGAGCCCUAAGAAGACACGAAAGAGAAUGACCAAGACAAUAACGCCUGAAGUCGACUUCAACAAUAAGGAUUACAACAUACGCUCACCGGAGCGCACCCAGCUCCUGACCCAAAUUAAGGAGGCAAUCGGCGACACUCCCGUCUCCUCUACUUUCUGGGCUUGCUUUCAGCCCGCCGAUAUGAACCAAUUGAACCAAUUGCUGGUUAUCGCCAAGCGAUCUAAAGAUUCAGGAUCAGAGGCAGUCUCGCAACAUUCAGGGGGUGCAAGGAAGCGCAAACUGAAUGCUAACGGACAAUCGUGGGUGCAACGGUCAGCGAAUCAGGCGGAUAACGUAAGUGGAUAUCAUCCAACAAACUUCUGUCUGACAAUACAGUACAAAAAGCGCGAUGAUUACAAAUGCGUCCUGACAAAUCAGCUAUUGCCUCAGGCAGCCCAUAUAUUCCCCUACAGUAUACUCAAUUCACCGCUACAAGGCAGCCGAAGCCCAGUCUCCAAGAUGGUGCCCGAUUUUUGGGAUUUGUUACAUCUCUUCUGGGACGAGGAUCGGAUCAAGAAAUGGAGAGGGACGAUCUUUCCAGAUCCUCAGAAUCCGAAUACUGGUAUCGAUCGAUGCGUCAAUCUCAUCUCCCUCGAUGCCGGCGUCUAUGUUAAGUGGACGAAGGGGAUGUUCGCGCUAAAGCCAUUGAAACUUCCAACCGAUCGUAAAGAGCUUACUGUUCAAUUCUUCUGGCAAGUUCCUGGCAACUACGACAUUGUAAGCCGGAUCGAUUUGCUCUCGGAACCCACAUCGUCAGAAGGCUUGGAAAUCGUCGCAAACGGACAUGGGUUACUUCACAUUGAAGAGGAUGGCCCUUCGCACCUUAUUCGUUCCGGUGAGCUGUUUACUCUCACUACCAAAGACCCCGAAAAUUUGCCGUUACCAAGCGCGGAACUCUUAGAGAUGCAAUGGGUUCUCCAACGUCUCGUGGGAAUGUCAGGGGGCGCCGGAUGGCCAAUCCUGGAUUUGGAUGACGAAAGUGUUGAUGAUGACUAUGGCUGGUUUGUUCCGGACCUUAACCCCAAUCUGGACAACUCCUUGAAAAGAGUCCGCGAAUGGGUUACUCCCAAGGAGGCAGCAGAUAUCGGGCCGGAAGUUUCAACGGCGACACCAAGUCCUUCUGUGAUGCCGUGCCAUUGA